AUGCCGACAACUCAAGAGAAGAAGAAUGCGAACCAGUUGGGGGAGGCGUUGGCACGUUGCACACUCAACAGCAGCAGAAAACUUAGGCCAUUCUCUGGAAGCAAAACACCAGCCAAAGAUGAAGAUGUCUUUGACACCUGGAUUGAGCUGGCGAAGGGUCAACUGGAUGAGGAGGAGAAUGACCAGGAAAAGAGGAAGCGAAUUAGGGAAGCUCUUCGCCCUCCAGCGGCGAACAUAAUUUCUGAUCUUCGACGAGACCAACAAGCUGCAACUUCUGAAGAUUACUUGGGUGCUCUCGAGUUGGCUUUUGGAGGUACAGAAUCUGCAACCGAGUUGCAUGUACUAUUUCAUUCAUCCCAUCAGAAGCAAGGGGAGACACCGUCAGAGUACUUGACUCGUCUUCAGGAUAUUCUUCGCAGAUUGAUCAGGAAGGGUGGAGUGGAGAAAGAGAAGAAUGAUGGCUUGCUGCUCUCUCAGUUCAUCAAGGGUAUUCUUUAUGAUGAGAUGCUUUUGGUUAACUUGCAGUUGAAGGAAAAAGUGUCACAACCCCCCACCUACCUUCAACUCCUCCGAAUGGUGAGACGUGAGGAGGCUGAGCAGAUGGUAAAAAUGUCUCAUCGUAGUGUCGAUGCUCCUAAAAAGGAGGCCAAAACAUUCCAUCAAUCUGCAGGUAGCAAGGAAGUUGGGGAGAAAAGGAAGACUCCUACAAACAGCCGACCCAACUUUUGUUACAAGUGUGGCUUAGAAGGGCAUUAUAAAGGGAAAUGCCCCAAUGAGCCUGAUGUUUAA